CGGAAAUGAACUACGGAUGUCGAUGACCGCUUUCGUCUGUAAGCCAAGUACUUGAAAAAUUUCUUUCUUUUUUGGUAAGAAAAUGCUUCUUUUGGAGAGAAAAUGGCCUCUUAAACUACCACGAAGUUAUCUGGUAUGAGUGUUGGGAUCAGCCAAGUGAAUUUCGACGCUCAGGUAGGCAUCUGUGACUUGACAAAUUUAAGCUAAAGUUGAAGUUUGCAUGCAUCGAUGAUGAGGCGAUAUCACUUUCUUUCACAUAAUGUUUUAUAUUUUCCGUCUUGGAGGUCUGCUAACUCAGGGUAAUUCAAACAUCGAAGACAAAUUUAUGUGCUUCUCUUUUUCGAUAAAACUAUUUGGUUCUUGGGCUUUUAUUGUAGCGUGUGUAGCAGCUUUCUGCAGUGUGUUUGUUCACGUAUAUGAUAUACCGACUUUGUUGACCUAAUUACAGUAUUUACAGUACACAAGAUUCUUUCUUUAAUUUAACUCGAUACGGCAACAGGUUUUAAUAUAAGGCGAGCUUUUAUUUGCCGAUAAAGUCGUUCAGCCAUACCGAUCGAUCAUCAAACAGGUUCUCGUCUAGUCUUAGGAGAUUUUUCUCAACACGAUUUGUGUUUUAUUUAUUAGUUUGACUUCACCCCUGCGUUUAUGCUACAAAAAUAAUAGUGAAGUUUGCAUGUGAUUACUAUUCGCAUCUGUCAUAAAUCAUGCUAAUUUUCCCUUUUUCAUUAGAGUUGGUUUUCUGUGCACGUACUUUUAUUGCUUUCACUCUCAAAUUGCAGGCAAGAUUUUGAAUGUCAAUCAAAACUCAUUUGAUUUCUGCACUUACUUGCAUUUAAGCUUACUUGUAGUAAUCUGAAUUGAGUGGAAUGUUGUGGCACCUGCAUUUUUAACAUCUGUGUCUUGUGUCUUUUAAUCAGUAGAUAGCUAAUUUCAUGUAACGAAAUUUUAAUGACAAUAGUUUUAUAGACAACUGUUAAGUUUCUUGGCAAAAAGUGCUCUGGGAGUUUUUUCACAGUUAUAAAAGUCACUCUGAUUAUUUUUUGGGAAACUACAGACUCAAACAAUUCUUCCUACAUCAUCCACAGGUAACAGGUCAUUUUGCCCAAAGUUGUUUUGCCUGGAGUUAAGUCAAUUUGCCAAAUGUUUAGUUGUCGUUCUUGAACCCUUAUGAAAGGAAUAAGCAGGAAAAGAGAGUAACAUCACAAUCAUGUGGUCAACAACUUUUUCCAGUCAAAACUUCAUUGCAAUUGUGGAGUCUUUCAGUAUCUUGAGUGUGAUUAUUGACAAAACUAAGAUCAUUCAGAUCGCUGGACCUUUUUUAGCAAUCACAGCAAUAAAAUCCAAUCCUAAAAAACAUCUCUGAUAAGCUGUGUUGUAGAGUGUUGUUUAUCAUUGGGCGAAGUGACUUAUAUCUGGGUGAAGCAGCUUCAGGCAAAUCACUUUUUGGGUGAAGCAACCACAAUUCCAUCCACAUCACAGUCAUUACCACUGUCACUUUAUAUUUUUGAGAGACACAAAUUUCUUGUGUCAAUCUUGCUUUGAUGUUGAACAUCUUAAUCAAAAUUGAUGCAAUUGUCAAUCGGCUAGUUCUGUCUUUCGGUAUAAGUUAUGGAGGAAUUUCACAGAUACUCGUAGCUGUGAUCAUUAUGGAAUGAUGACUGGCUUUAAUUAAUUCCCAGCAUGCUUUCUCAGUAAUGGACCCUUUUAGCUAUCCACCAGCAUAUGUUGACAAAAGGCAAAUUCCCUUGUGAAAAUCACAUGGUGUGAAUUGGGAAAAUAAAACCUACUAAGCUAAAAAGGUCCAUUCAAACAAGCAUCCAGUAAGAACUGUACAUGUGUUUUUACCACUGAGACUUGAUAGCUCGAUCUCUUAUAAUUUCUGAAAAGCGAGCGAAGCAAGUUUCAACAAGGUUGUGCAACUACUGAGCGAGCGAAGAAGUCAUGAAGUUGACUUCUUUAACCUAAAUGGAUUUGAAUCAGGUAUGAAAGGUCUUUUAAAAUGGCAUAUCCAACCAGGGAAAAAAAGGACUGUUGUAGUUAAUUUUUUUAUCUCAGGAAAUUUUUAUUUUUCUUUUGUUUCAAUGUCAUUAGCAUACAUUACCAUACCCAAAAGCAAAAGAAAGAAAAAAUUACCUGAGAUAAAAAAUUUACUACAACAGGACUUUUAUAAAGUCUAUAUUGUUACCAGUGCACCCUUAUGUUUGCUCAAAGGUGCUAGAAGAUGAAGAAGAAGCAGCUUUGGAAAAAGAAGAUCAAGAAAGAGAGAAAGAGGUACUAGCAUGUAACAUGCUGCUGUUGACUUGUAACUAUAGAGGGGCUGCAGGGAAGAUUUGUUCAUCAUCAUCAAACUUUUUAAAAAAAUGUUCUCUUGCUAAGAAAUUAUGGAUCUUAUCUAAGUUAGGGACCUCUCGGCCAAAUAUGAGUCGACACUAUCAGCCGAUAAGCGGUUGACCUUUGGUGGAAUAUCAGCCAACACUCAAUCAAAAUGUUGAUCGACUAUCAGUUGACAUGUUGGUUGAGUUUGAGUGGAUAUGUUGGUUUAUAUCAUUUGGCCAAAUGUCAGUCAACAUGAUAAUAAUAAUAAUAAACUUUAUUCAAGUUUCGUGUAACUUUAGUAUGGUGUUGCUAAUUGGAGCUACCGUAACAUAAAUGGAUCAUUUUACGUUUCUGAGAAAUUGCCCACCUACCCCUCCCCUAAGCCAACUACUAAGUAAGAACUAAAUGUUAAUGUUGGUGUAGGGGAGGGGUAGGUGGGCAGUCUCCGAGACUUCUAAAAAGUUUUAAUACUGAACAGUGGACAUAAUAUAAAAAAGUAAAAAUACCAGUAGAUACAUAACCCGUAUGUAGCGUGUAUAGCAAAGUAUUUUACACUUUACGUAUUAAGUAGUUUACAUUUUUAAUUAGAAAUUUACCUUAGUGUUUGCAUUAAGUUUACCUUUGUGUUUUUUUAAAGAUCCGAGAGUUGUUAAACAGUGAACUUGAUGAUGGUCUUUUGGAGGAUGACAAUGCAUCCUUCUCAUCUCAUGACCUCAGAAGUUCAGGGUAUAGCCGAGAUACACCUUACUCCGAUGAUUUCACUGAGCAAGAACAACAGACAAUCUUGAAUGGACAUGAUCCUAAGAAACUCAUUCCUUCUGAGAGAGGUGCAUUUGAGCGACCUCCUCCACUAAUUACACAGCGUGCCUUUCAUUUCAUCAAUGGAUCAGGACAGAAUGAUGAUUCCAAUUCUGGAAUGCUGAUUCAGCAGCACAAUAAUUAUGAUCAAGAACAUCAGGAAAUAGACGGUUAUAAUCAUCAAGGUUAUUAUGAAUACAGAGAGGAGGAGAGUCCUUUUGAUGGUCAAGUUGAUGAGUACUCACAAAAUUUUCACCAGCAAGAAGGUGGCUCAAAUUAUCGAACAUCACCGAUAGGUGAUGAUGUAGAUAAGGCUUAUGAACAAUAUGGAAAUUAUCACCCUCAUUUUGGAGUACAGAGACAAUUCCCUUCACACCAGGAGGCACAAAAUCAGCAUUAUCAUCAGUCUCAAUACCCAGCUGGAAAUUUUAGCAAACAAAUAAAUGUGCCUAGUGGUGAUGAUUUCUAUGGAGAUUAUGGUGGUUAUGAUGAAGGUGAAGGAACCAUCAGCCCUGAUCAGAAUGUCCAUGAUGACGAUGCUGACAACACAAAUGUGCCGAAUCAUUAUAGAAUGGAUACCCUUGGGAAUUAUCAAGUUCAAUAUUAUGCACAGCAUGAACCAACUUCACGCAUUCAUGACAGAGGUUCUGACAGGCAUGUUACUGAAAGAAAUGAUAUUUCAACUGGGUAUUCAGGGAGUGGGACACAAGACGUUCAACUUCAGAUAUUAUACAAAGCACGUGGCAGAAAAAUUGAAGAACUGACUAGAGAGUUGGAAUCCCAAGAAGAUGAAAUGACAAAAGAGAUACGUGUUUUGAAUCAUCAGAUUGCACUGAUUAAAGGUAUGAAUAACCAAAAACAGCUUCAUCCUCCAAAAAGCAGGCAGUGUGUUAAUGUAAAUGUGACAAUUUUGUACACCUAGACGUCAGAGGAAAGGAUAUGUUGAGUUAAAUUAUUUGCCUCUUGUACAUAUGUGUAUGAACUUUGAUUCUGUGCCAAGAAACUACACUAUAAGAGAGGACUGAAGAGGUCUUCAGACACAAAAAAAUGACUCAAAUCCGUAUGAUUUCAUUUUGGGAUUGGACGACAAUUUUUUCAGUACAAACCAAGUUAGAGCGAUUUUCAUAUGACCUUGAAAAAUGGUUUCGGUAAGUGUUUGUUGUUUGUUUUAUCAGCCAAUGGAUGAAAAGAUCAAAACGUGGCCUCUUCGUUUUCCCGCCAAAGAAAACCCUAAUAUGGAGAAGGCAUUGUUUGAUUGGCCAAUCGUAUUGCAGUAUGACGUCAAAGUGAAGUAUCAGUUGAUUUCUAGAAAGUUCUCGGGCAUGAAGUUUUUUCAGCUGAGCAUUCGCUUUUAACCAACCAAAAGCCACAUGUGUUUGUACAGGGUUGUCUGAAAGUUUUGAAGGAGAUGGCUGAGUUUUCAAAGUAAGUGGCCAGUCCAGGGAUAUUUUAGGUAAAAAACGCCAUCUGUAAAGAAAUACCAAGCAGAGUAGCCAGCCAAUACUAACCAAGUAGGCGACGAUUUUCACCUGCAGCUGGCUACUUUUGAUAUGUAUCUGUUCCAUAAACCAAUCAAAUCGCUCUAUUUCCGUUUUUUUGUUCUUUUUUUGUUUGCACAUUUUCAUUUCAAGGUCAUGCGAAAAUCGCUCUAAUAAGUUCUAGUGUCUGGUUUGUCUAGUGUGUGGGGUGGGGGCAUUUUCCUCCAUUUGAAAGAUUUAUUUUGGUCCUUUUGUCCCUUAAGCUUAACUUUAAUUCAAUUUGCCGCAAUCCUUAGAUGAACGUGAUGGGCUCUCAACGAGUCUUGAGCAGUCACAGAAGAUGGUGCAGACAUGCAAUACAGAACUGAACAACCUAAAAGGCCAACUAGCUGCUGCUUAUCAACAGAUCAGUGCAUUACAAGAGAGUAAAGAAGAGGUUGGUACUGCUUUUUCAGAUUGUGAUGAUGUGUAAUUGAUAAGCUGCAGUGAUUGGUUAAUGAGGUCAAGGUGUGCAAUAAUCUCUUUUGGCAGAAACCCAUAAGAAAUAAUUUCUUAUGGGUUUCUGAUGAUGAUGAGAUAAUUAUUAUCUCAUCAUUAGUAUCUUCCUUUAGUGGGUAGUUAAUCACCUAGAUAUUCAUGCAGGCUUUCUGUGCCAGUAUAGUGAAUUUAUCUUUUCAGUAUUACCAGUUUAAAUUUUUAUGACCCAGAGGGAAAAAUUGGCUCUGAGAUAUCCCAGGGUUUGGUAUGAGAGAAACAAAACCUGAGGCUUCCAUAGAGCUUGGCAUUUAAUGCAAGUUCUGUACAAAGACGAAGAUUUCCCUGUUGCCUAAAGGCAAAUGUUGAGUGUAAGUCAUCAGUUGCCACUAUAGAGUUUGUUAUUCUACAGAGUGCAGCCCUGGCUCCAAUUGUUAGCAAGGCAGAUAGUUCUAUCCCCAGGAUAAAUCACAUUCCAGUGGAUAAGUGUUAGGGAAACCAAUAGCCUUGUGCCAUAUACGGAACUUAACUUCUGAUUAAGUUAAUCUGCAAAGCUACUCCAAAAUCCUUGUUCCGGGUGCCCACCUGAUCAUGAGUGUGUACCAGGAUUUGAGUACAUGCCAUGAUAGGACUGUUAAAAAUGCUAUUGUCAAUUUGCCAAUCAGGUUGAUGAGAAAUUCAAAACACAUUUUACAAUGUAAUAAUUUAUGUAAUGUUUAGUUGAGUAUGUUGGGUGUCCAAAACAAGGAUAUCGGCACUGCUUCGCAGACAUUACUAACCAGGGUUAAAUUGCAUGUAUGUCCUCUGUGAUGCAGGCUAGGAAACCAAUUAAUUAUUGCACUAUCCACUGGGUAGAGGGGUUCUUUUGUCGAUAGCCUCACCCAACUUUUGAACUACAUUGUGUGUGCUGGGACCUAUAUGAUAAGGAGCCAGACAACUACAAAAGCACAGUAUUAUUAUCAUGGAAAACGCAAAGGAGUUUUGCAAACCGUUGUAUCUUUCCAGGUUAUCAGUAAACUACAUGUAGCUGAGACAACAAUAGACAGUUUAAACCAACAGCUUGUGGAACUUAGUCGUUCAGAGUCUUUGACAAGGGCUAAGGAACAGCAUGAAAGUGUGGUUAAUGUGAUGAAAAGAAGACAUGAGGAGGAAGUCCUAACUCUUAAACAGAAGCUUGAUGAAGCAGUUUUGUCAAGAGACCAUAAGGUGCCCUUUCUUAGUACUUUUUGAGUAUUAAUAUUUUCUUUGGUGCUAAAGUGCUCAUUCAUGUUUCAGGGGUAAAGUUUAGGGCUAGACAUGUUGUAUAUGAGGUUGUAUCUGAGUGAUUUAAUUUUAAUCAUGCAGACCAAAAAAACAAGGCUUCUAAAUUAUUCUUUGCUUUCAUUUUGAGAAUAAAUGUAGUUUAAAUCCCAGUGCAUACACUAGUUCUAACUUGGCUUUCAAUUUGUAAACUAGCAUGAAGAAGCCAGUCAUUUGAGAGAUGAACUCGUUGAGAAAGCAGAAAUGAUCAACUCAUUAACAAAGAGUUUAGACUCCAGUCAGAAGCAGUGCCAAGAAAUACUGAAGUCAGGUUUGUAUUCAUUAUACCUUUUCAUUCUUUGACUGUGACAUCCCUUUAACUUAUGGAAAGCACUAGUCAAUAUAGUAAGCUUGGGACAUUCCAUUUUUAUUCUGAUCCCCCCUAUGGAUGAGUAUUCUUGGUAGAUAACUAUAACUAGCAGGAAUCUAUUGUCAAAGGGACAGACAAAAAUAUUAGGGGGGUAGGAAAGGUUUUCUCUACGGGUUCCGAGAAAAAAUUGUGGUGGUAGGAAUCUGCUCAUCCACAGGAGGCAGUGGACAAGGGGUUUGGGAAAAAAAUUGGACAUCCCCUUAUUAUAUCAUGUUUGUCUAGUUCAUGCAAGUGUGCAGCUGUACUUGCAAGUGUAUUCAUUGUUUUGAGUGUUUUAUUUGCUAUAGGAACAAUGACAGAAAUUAACCAGUUACGAAUUGCUCUUCAAGAGAGUGCAACUGCCAGGAACAUUGCUGAAGGACAGUGCAUUUCUCUGAAGGUAAACUUUGUAUUGAAAUGCUUCAGAAGAGUAUAAACAGGUCAUAAGUAAAAAAGAAUAUUAUUUUUCAUGAAAUUCAUCAGACUUACUCAGGUUUUUAUUUUAUGAAAUGGAUGUGAAGCAUGAGCUGUCAGAGCUUAAAGAACAAGUCAAGAUGUAUGAGAGUGCCAGUCGACUUGGUGUGGGGUUAGGAUCCAGUUUCCAAGACAGUUCCUUUGCACAUCUCACAGUAAGAAACUUGAACAAAGAGAACUGGAGCACGCCAAAGUCUCAGUAAGUACGCAAAUUUUUUAUCCAUAAGAAGGGCAGGAAUGUGUUUUCUUGUUGAUUAUAUUAGUCACAGUUAAAUAAGACAUAUUGACCUCUGGGACUGGUGAACCUUAGCUUUUCCAAUGUUUAUGUGUGCAGCAUAAGUAAGGCACAUGACAUGUAGAUUCAUGCACAUACUGUUCAGCUAUUAAUCAUAACUACAACAAAAUUCUCAAAUCUGAUUGGCUAUCAUUAUUGUACUGAUUGCAACACUAAUAGGACAGUGUUAAAGGACAGUAUAGGACAUGCCUACGUAGUUGGACAGUACGUGCAAUCAUGCAAGCACGCUCUAAAAGGGCUUUUUUUUUCACUGCUAGCAAAAAACUCUUGGAAUUUCUUGUGCUUUGAUUUAAAAAAAGCGUAAAAAAUCACAAAUUUUGAUAUAGUCAUGUUCACCCACUGACUCAUUCAUGAUAGACUACACUAAUACAAUGUAGCAAACUAGAAAUAAUGGUAACAGAACUUUGUGUUGUCCAAUUUGGUCUGUAAUCAUACUUGUGAUUAGACAAAUCGGACUCCUGCUAUGUGCAGCGGUCGUCCAAUUUUUGUUAAUGACUCAUAUGAUUACAGACCAAAUUGGACUCCACUCAGUCCUAUUACCCAUUAUUUCUAGUUUGCUACAUUGUAUUAGUGUAGUCUAUCAUGAAUGCGUGAGUGGGUGAAUGUGACUUACAGGGUAUUUGAGAAAGAGUGAGUAAAUCUUAUGGAAUCAGUUAGUACCCCAGUGGAGUGUUCACUUUUGCUUAUUGAUGGGGGGAAUUACUGUAUCUACAGCUAAGAAAUUGCAGUUACUGCUUUUUGUUAGUGAGCCAAUAGUCGUAAGCCAGUAGCCAGUUAGUCAAUCAAUAAUUCAUUCAAUCAUUUGGUCAGUCAGUCAGUCAGUUACGUCAUUACAUAUAUAUAUAAUUAUCUUUAUCAUGCCCUUUCUAUUGUAUUUUGUGGAGUUGAAAACAGUUUUUGUUUGCAUUGUCAGUAAAGUGCCUUUGGAAGAGACAGUCACUGAAUUGAGGAAAGAACUUGAGCAAUGCCUGAUCAAUAACAAAGCAAAAAGGGAUCAAGUAUUUAACUUGGAGACAGAACUGAACACUGUAAAGAGUCAACUAAAGGAGCAGGAAUCAAAAGCUCAAAGAAUGGAAGUGAUCGCUCAGGAACAUGAGGUGGGGUAUUCUAACACAAGCGUACAUAGGUGUGUUUAGUUGACCAAAAACAAGAAAAUAUAAAAAUACGGCUGAUCAUCAUUUUCUGCCCAGUUCCCAGUUGAUCAAUUGACUUUAUUUACCUCAAGAUUUAGAUAAAAAAAUAAAUAAAUAAACUAGAAAUAAUGAUAGAAAGAGAAGAUUUCUCAUAAAAACCUAUAUAAGACUAAGUGUCAUAAUGCUGCUUAUUCUGUGGUGCCAAAUAAAGCUAGGAAUUAAGAAUAUUGAUUGAUGUUUCUUUCUGCCUAUUAAAUCAAGGUAAAAUCUCAGGAUCUGGCCAGAAAAAUUCAGGAAAUGGAGAAUGAAAAGAGAGAUCCAGGUAAUGACUAUGAGUGCUGCAGGUGGUUUUUUGUAUGCAAUGCACAGUCCUCAUACUCCUCAAUGAUAUUAAGCUGAGUUGUCGUCUCAGUUAAAAAUCUUGGGAGAAAUGAAGGUUUGAGGUAAGUCAUCCCCCUGUCCUUGAUCCUUCCCUCCUUCCCUUAUUUCCAUGCUCUUUUCACAUGUCUCCAUCAUCCUCCUUCUUCCCUCAUUGCCAGCACUUGUACUAUACAUUGUUUUCUCCCCACUCGUAAGAUACAUGUAACCAUCCCCUUUUCUUUUAAUCUACCCUGUCUCUCUCUAUCUUGCUUUUUUUCAUGGGUUCUUUCUUCCGCUUUUCUUCCCCCACUCAUCAUCCCCCCUACUACCUACAGAUGUAUCUAUUCCAGUCGCGGAUCGAUCCACACUGGCUUCCACCAUUUUACGGAAAUCGGUCAGACUUUUCAUAAUAAAUAUAUUUUUAAUAAAUUACUAAAUUUGGCCCAUAUCUUGUCUGAGUGACUUAGAAAAUUAAAAAUGGAAAUUAAAAAUCCAAAACCUUUCCUGGGGGAGCCUGCCCUCAGACCACCCAGAAGCUUGCACCUUCGGUGCUCGUUUAGGAAAUCGUUCAGUAUUUUUCAUAGAUCCGUGCCUGUAUGCCUUUUUCUCUCUUUCCUUCCUUCCUUCCAUUUCUCCCUCCCUCACCUCUUUCCUCCCAUGUUCCUUGUUGCCUUCCUCCUGUUUUCUGCUCCUUCAGUUAUCCCAUUCCGUUUUGUUCUGUCUCAUUCCUACCUUUUCUCUUUUAAUUCUAUUUCUCCCUCUUUCAUUAAGAAAGGUUUUACAUUUUCUUUACUCAAUACAGAUGAAGAACAUCAAAAAGCGCUGAAAGAUUUAGAGGUAGCUAGGAGAAAUUUACAGGUAUUUUUCACUGUGUUGGUGAUGUUUUUACCACAUUGUAAAGCAUACUGUAAGUGAAAUUACAGUGGUUCACAAGAUGUCUUUCGCUUUCUCUGCUUACAAUUUGAAACAUUCAAUAUAGUGAACAUUGAUUUUUCUUGGGAUUUCCUACUAUACUAUUAUAUUCUUAGCUUUAGCAUCUUUUGAUGCAUAAUUAUCAUAUUUUUUUAUGAGUACCAUUGUUUGUUAUGAUUGAAGGAGUCUGCUAGUAAUCUGGAUGAAGUGCUCAAGGAAAGAGAUGACUUAUCAGAGACUUGUGCUGAUCUAAAGCAACAGAUGGCUCAGGUAAAAGAAUCCUCUCUGUUAACCAUGGCGUUAUAUAAAAAAUAUGCAGCUCAAGUUAAUAAGACUAUGCCUAUUAUUUAGAGCUUGUUGAAUUUAUUUUACAAAUUCUACCUCUACAUUGUUGUCUAACAGUACUUUUGAAUCUAGCUGGCAUAAAAUAAAACAGGAAACAGAUAAAAUACCAGCCUUGUGCUAAUUCUAUGUAUUUGUAACAAUAAAACGGAAAAAUAAAUAAAUAAUAAUCAAUCAAUUAGACAGUUAAAUGAUAGCAUAAAUGAAAAUGAUAGCUCCUUAUAUGUUACAUAUUAUUGCCUUUCCUUUAAAUUUCAGAUGGUGGCAGAAUUUGAUGAAGACAAGAGGAUAAGUAUUGAAAAGUAAUUGAAACUUGUUUUCACAGACAUACAUGUACAUUGCAUGUAUCUUUGACCCCAAAAGGCCUUAUUCAUACAUGGCAGGCAAAUAAUAAUUUUUUCUCAUAUUGUGACCAAUAACGUCUUUCAUCUUUUGCAUCUGAUGAGUGAACACCAACAAAUGACCUUCAAUGUACAGGCCAUAAUCAAGGUAGAAUCAUGGCACAGAGAGAUAAUCUCAGGGCGUUGGCCAGGAUACGUGAAUUUCACUACAGUUAUUUUUAGAGGUUUUACUUAAAUGGAAGUCUAAUUCCUGAGACGUCCACAUAUUUUUAUUGAUUGUUUUAAAUUUUGUCAACUCCAUGUGUGACUGCCUUAAAGCAGAAUAUUGUAAUGGUGACUGUUGAAUUUUCUCUUGACAACACUGAAUAAAAGUUUGGGGACCUCUCUGAAAGAAAAACUCCUGAUUAGUUUCAAGUGUUUAAUUGGCCUAAAAAUAACUUUGGUAAAAUUCGCAUAAUCCUCAGAGCUAGACUGUGUAUUCUCUCUUCCAUUAUUCUCUCUUGCUGUAAUAUUUUACUCAACAGAUGUUUUUAUCCUUUUGGAUUCUCAUAAAUGUUUUGAUUAUAUAGAGAGCUAAGAUGUGAAAGUAUUGGGAAGUAGUGGAAACCAGAAGGCUUGGGGUAGGACCUCUCUCCAGACUAAUAAUCAAGACUUCUUUUGGUGUGAUGUUUGCAUUUUUAUCUUUUUCUUAGAUGCAGAGAAGCAUGUCUUCAGCUCCACGAGAAUUCCAAGAACCUCUUAAGAGAUCAGUUAAUCGAGGAAAAUGAGCAGACGGUCAGAAAUUUAAAGUAAGUGAAUGUACUGCUAUUGUACACAAGUAAACUAACAGAAUUUGUUGUGACCAUUGUUGCUAUGUCAUAGCUACAAUACAUGGGACACUUGGGCUCCCUUUUGAAAACCUUUGGCGUUGGCAUGUCCUAGUGCUGGGGCAAUUAUCCUUUUCAUUCUUAAGUAGGCUCGAACUCCUUUAAAACCUCUAAUUUCAUUGUGCUUCUAUAUUUCGCAGCUCUUUUGCUUUGGGGCUGGGUUCCAUCGUUAACUUUGUUCGUUCAUUGUUUUCCCAAACAGAACUGUGAGACCUUGUUACAGCUACGAGGCGUCUCUCAUUUUUCAUGAACGGAUUUGCAAUACAAGUGAACUACUAGGCUUGAUUUCCAGCCGUUAGGCACAAAAUGGCUAGUAAUCGAGCCCAGUGCAUGCAUGUCUGUAUUGUAUUUUAUUUUAUUGUAGGAAAGAAUUGGAGGAAAGUGGUGAAGAGUUAAUAAGGAUCAAGGAGUGUUACGUUCAGCUGAGCGAGGAAUCACGUAGCCUGGAAGAGAAAUUAAAAGAACAGUUUGAGAAGGAAAAACAAGUUCUUUUGUCUGAGGCAAGCCUAUAUAUGUACAUUUGAAAAUACCGUUCUCAGUUUCUGUGCCCUGUAACAUGUCAAUAAGCAUACAAAUUCACUUAGAAAAUGCGCUUUGUUGUAAAUUUGACCAUCAUUAUUCAUUGUGCAGUAAGGAACAAGGACAAAUGUAUUCACAAGAUUUUUAAAGUACUAUCAAAUAUAGAUAACAGGUCUUCAGGAGUGUGUUAUGUCAGCAUGUUCCUAGUCUCCAAAUUGUCCUUCAUUAAUCUCUUGUGAUACUGACAGGAGAAACUUGUUUACAAAAUGUUUUUCACUCAGUGAUCUUUUCAAAAUCCACUUAACCAGAUAACCGUUAACUUUUGAUUAAGCUGUGAUAUUUUAAGGAGAAAUUUGAUGUCGGUCACUCUCAGGAGUUAAAACGUUUAAAAGUUUUAACCGACUGUUGUUGUUGCUUUCAGAGUGAAGCUAAACUAGUGGAUGAGCUGCGGGCUUCCUUUGAGAAACAAUACAAUGAUGAAUUAGAGAAAGCACGUAAGGAGUGGAAGGAAGAAGAGGUUUCAAAAAUUAAAGAUGAAUUUAUGAAAGAAAAGGAACAACUGCUAAAGGUCUGAAAACAGUUUGGGGUUUUACGUUUUGUUACUCUGUUUUGUCAGCUGUUAACGCUUUUAUUUCAGUGAGUGUAAGAGUCAAAAUUGAAGUAAAAUUUCGAAGUCUAAGUAAAAAAAUUCAUAGAAAAGCAAAUAGCUUGCCAGCAAGCUCUUCAUUUCGUUUUGGAACGAAACGAGCUGCAAGAGAACGCGCCCACAUGAGUCAAAGCAUCUCUUUUGCGUGCCACUCGCUUCCGCGAUACCCCCAAAUGCAGAGCUAAAAAACAAGUUACACCACUCCAAGUCCCUACAAUGAGGUUUUUGGUUCCCUUUGAGUGUCUUUAAUUUGAAAAACAUUGAUCGCUGAUCAAAAGCGACUGUCGUCUCUUAUUAAUCUUUAUUUGCUUAGUGUAAUAAAAUUACCUCCAGUACCCACUUUUUACCCACUUCAUUACCGUUAUUCAUUACCACUAUUAUUCUUUGCGCAGGACAUCGAAGAGCAAAAGACUAGGCUGGUAGAAGAAGAAGUUUCUAAGGCGCGCAAAGAAUGGAGUGAACAGCAAUCUUGCAGUAACCAGACUGAUGUUGAUGAUCAAAUAGCUGCUGCCAGACAAGAAUGGAUAAAAGAACAUAAUGAUGAACUGGAGAAGCGUUUGUGUAAUGCCAUAGAAGAAGUUAGACGAAUAUGGGACGAAGAACAGAAGCUAAAAACAAAAGAGGUCAGAAAUUUACCCCAAACAUUUUAAGUUUUUAUUUUGUAAUACGGUUAAAGAUCGUUUAACAGUCACUGAGAUGGAGUGCUCUCCUUACAGUGGCCUCGAUAAAACCCCAUUUCGAUAUGCCGCUUGGAAAAUAGCCUGCGCGCUUUUCAGAAGUUAAGCGCGAAGCGAGCGAGGAGCGCUAGAUACUCGCAACCCCUCCCCCUGUCCCACAGCUCUAGCUCUAGUUGCAGACGCAGUUUUUUCUUUCCGAGGCUGUUUGCUUAAGGAGGCUUCAGUAGUAUUCAGUGAUGUUAAACGUACUGCAGAAGAGAGAUCGUAUGAUUGGUCACACGCAAGGACUUUGCCUACAGGCCCGGAAAGGUUAAAACUGCAUUACUUGUCUUCAUAUUUUAGUUGGAGUGUUAUAGAAAAUGAAAGACUUAUAACAAGCAGAAUGCAAGCAUACGCUAAGAAGACUUCUACAGUUAUGAUCUGCAGUGUUGCAGGGAUAGAAUUGACGGUACUUCUCUUAUACACGAUAGAACUAGAUGCUACUUAAACUCACCGGAAAGAAAAGAAAGACGCUUGAAAGGAAGAUCUUUUACGUGUAGGCGUGGCUAAAACCAAGCGAAAAUAACCUGUCUGAAGUAUCACGGGCACAAACUUUAAAUUCAAAAGUACGACAUGAAGAAUCAUACGCUAGUUUCUUCCCUUGUCACUCUCUCUAAAUAUUUUGGCUGUCGUCUUUUUAGGAAAUAGAAAAAAUGCGUAGCGAGUUAGAGAGGGUUCACAGGGAGUCACGUGACCAAGAGCUCAACAAGGCAGUGGAAUUGGCUCUGUCCCAUGCUCACGCGGACUGGCUGAAAAAUGACGAGGAGAUGAGGCAGCGAGAGAUCGAUCAGGCUGUUGAGGUGGCUACCACUAAUGCAGUAGCUGAGGCUAAAGACGAAUGGGACAGAGAAAUUAAAUCACAAGUAAGUCAGUCCAACGUACAUUCAAUCAUUGUUACCUCAGUGGUACUUAAUUUCUUUGGCCUGAAGCUUCGCGUUUCGAAAUUGAAGACCUGAGAAUAAAAAUCCUAGCGAAACUUUAAAAAACUACACGCCAAAUUUAACACGCAUAGAAAAACCAAAACACAUGAAAAAUAUGACUAGCGUGUAAUAACAAUAACAUAUACAGGAUAUGUAUUGACAAAUACCCUCAUUUUUCAUUGAUUUUACUGUUAAACUCCAUUUUUUGUUUUCUGUUAUGAAAUAACUUUAAUUUGCAAAUAUUUCACAUACCGAGUAGAGAAUCUAGCUGUCAUCUUCAUCUGAAUAACUAGAUUCGUACAAAAAACAUAAAUAUGCGUUUUACUUCAUUGUUCCAGUUUAUCUAGAAAUUUUUUAAAACGUGAGCCUUUCUGAAAAAUAUAAUCAAGUUCAGAACGCUUGAAUCAAGAAAUUUAAUGCCCUUUUUCAUAUUUUCCUCAUUAAUCGCGAAAAUACGACUCCGUGAAAUACUGUCCCACUAAAAUCGCUUAAUUAAGUAUCUGCGAAAUUAAGUACCAAUAGGGUAGUUCCAGACGGUUUUGAAUUUCCCAGUUUGAUUGGCCAGACGCAGGGGAUUCAAAUGCAUGUAGAACUGGUUCGGUGUACGAGUAAUUAGCCAGAGGGUUUCCCGUUCAUCUUGUUAUCUCCCUGUGUAGUGAUUUUGGUUGAAUGAGAUAAUUAUCAAAGUAUAGAAAUAACUGUUUUCAAUAAUUUUGUUUCCGAAGGACAGCCUUUUGCAGACUGCUCUCACUCACGAAAAGCUUCGUUGGAAGAAAGAAACGGAAUUGGAAAAAAGCAAGGCGGUGGAAGCUGCCGUAGCUAUUGCUGAAGUAAAGUGGCACGAAGAGGAAGAGAGGAAGAUCUCUGAAGCAGUCGAACAAGCCAUACGGGGGGCGAGAGAUGCGUGGAAAGAAAGUAAACAACGGGAAAUAGGUAUGAGUGUUGACGGACCAGGUUGCUAUUAGGUAUCUAACCAUGGUCAGCGGACUCAAAGAGUCAAAUGAACCAAUCAAAACGCAAGGCAAAUACAUGUAGCUGCUGCCAAGCGCGGGAAAACGCAUGCAAGAAAGUUGUGAUUGGUUAGUUCAGAAAGUGGCGUGAGCUCUGUAGCCAAUCACAAAUCUAACAAAGUAAAACUGAAAAAACGAAAGUGAGUUGCGAUAUUUGCGCAAACUCAAGGGUACAUUUAGAGAAACUUGGAGGAACGCAGUGGUCUCAGCUCGAGGCAGGGUUGAAGAGGUUCAUAAGGUAGUGUUUCUCUUCGUUCCUUCUAAGAUAUCUGGAAAGGAGCUUAUAGCUGCAAGGUGCUGUUACUUGGAAAUGAGCCCUCCUAAAAGUUUUUUUAUCAGUUAUAAACGUUAAGUAAAGUAUAACCUAAACUCGAUGCCCUUUUGUGGACUGUAUUUAGCUGUUGCAGUGGAAAUGGCUCGACAGGAAUGGAACGCAAAACAGAAAGACGAACUUAAUGUCGCAUUAGAAGCCACCAACGCACAGCUCAUGAAGCAGUUCGAGGAACAAAAGAAGGAGGCUGUGGAGAAGGCUGUUUCCAAGGCGAGGGUAAGAUUAAUCAGUCUAUGUGUUUGUAAAGUGUCCCCAGCUUUUUGAAACUUGUGGUUGAUAAUUACAGUCGAACCUCUCCCCAAUGGCUUGCUUGUGGUUAGGGGUACAUGUCCGAAGAGGUCAGAAUAAUAUAAGACGGACCGUCCGCCUACACAAACCAAAGUUACCUUUGGGGCGAGGUAACUUCUAAUAGAGGUUUUGCCAUAGAGGAGAGGGCGAGAUCACUCCCUCUAUGGAGUUCAAGCGGCGACGGCGGCGACCCUGUACAUUCUUCAUUCUUUGGACUGGACUCCAUUACCAUCCGCUGUUCGGGAAACGAGUUCCUCCCCGAGAGAGCGGCUGAAUUAUUGAGGGAAAUAACGUGAACUGAACUGAAUUGAUUUACUACUUGAUUUGAGCCUUAGAUUUUGACAUCUGUAAGAUGUGUAUUUUACAAAAUUAUUCAGUAACUUUGAUAUGUGCAAUGUGAUGCACAACCUUCAGAAGCCGAGUCCUGCAUUUGAGAACGAAACAAACGUUUAAAAAACUGCAGCUAUUGAGAGUUUUGUUUUCUAAUAGUUGCAGUGGGAGAAGCGAUCGUCCGUGGAAACGCGUUCAGAAAUCGAGUCCCUCAGGGAAGAAAUCUUUAGAGAAUUCGAGGCGCAAAAGAAAGUGGAAAUUCUGGAAACAUUGGAGGAAGCGAAGGAGGCUUGGAUGGAAGAAUCUGAGGAACUGAAGCGAGAGGAAGUGAACGAAGCCAUGGCGUACCUUGAGUCCGAGUACACUAAGAGGAUGGAAGAAUUUAAACACACGGAGUUAAAGGAAGCUCUUGAAAAAGCGAGACAACAGUGGACUGCAGAAGAACUUUCACGCCGAGAGGAAAUUGUUAAGGUAAAAAGGAAACUUUGUAUGUUCGCUUUGUAUGUAUUGUUACGUGCCCCUCACGCUCUUUCUCGUCUCAUUCAAAGUACCUCCUCACCCUCUGAACAGGCAAGCGAUUGCCUUUUGGUACGAUGCGACUUGUUAGGACUUCAAAGAAGUUUGUUUCUUGAAAGUUCGAACACACUCAAGCAAUUUGGAUAGGUCAUGAAAUCUUUGCGGUAGGGAUUUGCAGAUCAUGUUGCUUCAAGCUCAUACCGGUUGAAAAAAUGCUCGCGAUGUAACUUCGGACUUCUGUUCCAUGCCACGAUUGUGCUCGUUACGAUGAUAAUUUUGCUUCAUAAUGUAGGUGCAGUUUAUAAAAACCUUUGUUUGUCAAAAGUAUUUCACAACGUAAAAUGUUGUACUGUUGCAGUUUUCUUGACAUUUACCUUGUAAAGAAAUCUGUUGGCUCUUGAUUGCUUGGUUCUUAUUUUCGUCAGGUUUUUUGUUCCGGUUGACUUUCAAAAUAUACCCAUGCAGCAUAUGUUAAACUGAAGUCGUUUACUUUUUUCUAGGCUCGUCUGGCAGCAGCGCGAGAGGACUGGCGCAGAGAGGUAGCUAAGUCUACAAAAGAUGAGACUGACCGCGCGUUGGCAACUAACAAUGAAGUUGAGCUGGGGAAGCGAACUAGAGAAUUAGAGGAAAAAGUACGAGAGAAACUUCAAGCCGAACACGAGGAAGAGAAACGGAAACUUGUUGAGGACACAUUUAGAGAAGCCGAGACAAAGUAUACGAACGAAAACGUAAAAUUAAGAGAAGAACUUAGAAAGGUGAAGGCGAGUUUCUUUACUGAUUGUCGAGGAGUUGAACUCGUGCAUUUCUGUACUGGACAUUCAGUCAUUUAUUUUAUAUUAUCGUAUGGCUAAAUUUAGUCAUUUGCUUCAUAGGCGGAAGAGGCAACUCGUGAUAAAUGGCAAGCAGAGAAGACUCGCUUGGUUCAAGAGUAUCAGAACCAACUGGAUCGCAUGCGCAGUGAAUACAACUCGAAGCUAAAAGAACAACGUGUACAGAUCGAGAGAGACCUGGGAACGAAGACGAACAACGAGCUUCAGAAAGUGAGAAAUGGCUUGAAACAAGAACAACAGGAUGCGAGGUAACUCGGGUGAAUCCGCGUGUCUUUCAACCUCGUGCCCAGGGCGCUUUUCCCUGGCCUCACCUCCAAAGCCAGGGAAAAGCGCCAUGGGGACAAGGCUGCAUGUCUUUGGCCAUGUUUUUUUUCUCUCUCUUUUUUAAUGCCAUUCAUCCCCACCACGUUUGUCGUGAGUUUAGAUGGGGUAUUGAUUGUAUAGUGGAUUUUCAUCUAUCAUCAAUUAGUAAAUUUUGGAUGAUUUCUAGUAGUUUCGUGGGUUGAAAUUUAACCUAAUUUCUCAGCUGUCUGGUAUUUUUGCAGAUGCUGGCACUCCACGGAGUGCAUCUGGCAACAUCUGAUUAAGAAUCCAAUUUGUUUUCUCGUAUACUAAUUGCCCCUCUGAGAGAAGUGUCCGCCCUACAGAUUGAUUUUUAAUGUUUAUUGAUUUGUUUGUUUGCUUUUUUUACACAUAAAUGAAGGGAAACAAAUUGCCGCUUAUGAGUGCUGGGCUUAUACACCUUUUUAAGGGGGUUAUAGGGGGGCUUAUAUCCAAGGGAGGCUUGUAAUCGGAGUAGAAGAAGCGUAUCAAUUUAGGUUUCUGGGAAACUGCAUACCUACCCCUUCCCUAAGUCAGCAUUAACACUUAAUUCUCACUUAGGGCAAAAUGCUUGUUUAGGGGAGAGGUAGGUGGGCAGUUUCUCAUAAGUGUUGGAGCUUACAAGCGGCAGUUUACAUUGUCAAAUUUACCAGUUGCUGUCAUCUGCCGACAUCUGCCGGUAUUUUUUCCAGGGUUCAACUGGAGAAACAACAUGAACAGAAAGUAAGACAAGCCCUAGAAACCGCCAGAUGUGAAUGGGAAAAGCAACAGAGGCAAGAAUCUACCAAACAAGGCGAAGAAGUGAAGAGACAACAAGAACUGUGGACAAAGGAGAGACGAGAAAAUCAAUCCGCCCUCGAGAAACUGAAACGUGAGCUGGCCACGUUAAAGAAGGAGUACAGUACAACCACAGAUAAACUUAAGAGGGAAUUGUUUGAAGAGAGGAAGAAAACGCAGUACAGUUCAAAACGGCGAGACUCCAGAAACGAUGCUUCACAGGUAAUUUGGGUUUAAAAGAGUUCUGAUUGUUAAACUGUUGGAGGUCAAAAGUAACUGUAAGUUUGCUCUUCUUGUACCCUUUGCUGAGCGUUACGACAGUCAAAUAUUCCCCCAUGUGUUGUUGGGGCAUACUGUACUCUUUAAUUUGCACUGGUUCUUGCCUAGUCUAGUUUUCGGGCUUAUAAUUGGUCAUAUAGUCCGAGUUCCUAAAACUCACUCUCGAAACGAGGUCAAUUUUUUUGGUGAAAACGAGGUUUAUUUAUGGAAGAAUCAAAAGUUAUUUUCAUAUCAAACAUUUCGCCCUUACCCUCACUUUGAAACAGAGGCUUGGAGCAACUCGGAAAUGAGCCAUUAGUUUAUCCUGGUUUUGUGGCCAACAACUAAAUUCUGUGCACUUUUUUCCAACCACCGAUUGUUUUUCUCUUUUGUUAGAAGAAGACAGUAGUUCGUCGAGUUACAUGAUUUACAGGGAGCGAUCAAAAGUGAUUAUGGCUUGCUAACGUCGGUAAUAUUGGUCCAUCCUUGUUUGACUUGCCAACUACUUUUUCCUUCUUUUAGGCUCCAUUGCAACUGGACAGCGGUAGCGACACAAGUUUUAGCAGUGUUGAAAACGUGUCAACCACGCGUGGUCUCCAGGAACUACGUCAGUACUACCUAGACACCAUUGCUAAGAUACGUGAUGACGUGCUGAAUCAUGUGACCCAGACCAAGGCUAGUGCAGCUAAAAAGAUCAGGUAAGGUUAUUGAAAAGGAAUCAUCUAUCGUUGAACAUUGCCGUCAAUUUGUUUGAAAUACUGUCCUUUAUUGUAGAGGUGAAGUGCUGAAAGAGCGCCAUUCCACGGCCAAGAAGCUUCGUAAGUAUUACCUUCAGUGUCUCAAACAGCUUCUUGAAGAAGAUCGCGUUGCAUUGGAAGGAAACACUGCGCCUAGCAGUACCGAGGAGAAAUUAAACAGAAUGGCGGUAGCUUUGAGGACGCUUAGUCCGAACAAAGAAGCUGUUGGUGAGUACUCCUUACUUUUUUUUUUGUUAUUAUUAUUAUCUUUCUCAAAUGUUACAUUGAAGCAUAUCUUAGGGGAUAAUCUGUCGUCGAUUUUUAUUUUGUAAAUUGUUGUGACGUGUGUUCUUGAUUGAUGUAUUAAAAUGUCGAGACAAAAUGAGUAAUUUUUUUGUUAUUUUCAUUAAGGCUUACCUUGCUGACGGCUUUUAGCGAAAGAAAAAGUCUUCUCUCACUGUAUAUUAGCAUCAUGUCGACCUUAAGAAUGCCUCAGUUUUUGUCGUAACUUUCAAAGACGAACUCUACACUCCCCCCCUCCCCGAGACACUUCUUGUUCAGUUUUUGUUUCCAAAACUAAAAAAAAAAACCGGAAAAGCUGCUCUAAAGGCCUUAGAUAAAAAACCUCUCGUCUCCUUUAGGACAGCUGCCUCACCAACCGGAAGUCCUUGAUGACACCCAAUCGCCUCGUUCUGGUGUAUUUAAAGUGUUACUCGACUCCAGCCAACGGGAAGCUCGGGAAGCUCGUUCACCAUCCAUCGGAAGGAUUCACGGUAGACCACGUGACAGUGGUCCUGACGGGGCUAGCGAUACAGGCCCCAUUGUGGGAAAGGAAAGAGAAUUCACUCCUGUUUUUGGAGAGCAGUUAACUGUAACAGAUAAGGAUGCCUUUGAUCUCAGCGGCAAAUAUUUCACUCCGGAGAGAGACUUGGAAAAUUCAACCUCUCAAGAGACAGAAUCUACCAGCUCAAAAGAUUCGCCCCCGGAAAUGAAGGAUUGUCACAUGUCAAGCCCUGUUCUGGAGCAUAAGACAGUUAACCACUCGGAAUCAGAGACGUCGACUGACAGAGAAAAGCAACGGACUUAUGUCAUGCAUGCUCCAUCUGAGCAUGCUUUCAAGCAGAAACCGCUGGCCUCUUACAAGAGGAGUGCGCCAUCGCCAGCCUUUUCUAUCAAAUCUUAUGAAUCAGAUCAAUAUAGUGAACUGCCUACUGUGAUUCAUGUAUCAAGGAGAGAAUCAAGUGGUUCCAAAGAGAGUAAUAGUGGUAUUCCGACACGCCGCACAUUACAAGAUAAGGACGCUAUCAUUCCACCAGUCAGCGCUUCUGUACCCGACAUGCGCAGUCGACCACCUGUAGAAAAAAUUAGCAGGGUGUUAACACGUGACAAGAGAGUGACGUCGACAUCGAGUCUACCUUCUAAGCCACGGGUUGAUGUUAGAGCGAAGCAUGUGCAAAAAACAUGACCAAAACAUUGGCCGUGUUGCAGCCUCUAAACAAUCUUUGCACCCGGCUUAUGAAGGUUUGGCAGAGCACUCUCCCCACAGAUUCCUGUAUUUCCGCGUGAUAAGUGGCUUCAACAGGAAACUUGGUACAGAGCAUCUCGUUGUUUGACCUUAACACUUAAGCUUUGUUUACACGAGUUGGUGUAUUAAGUUUGUCACCCACACGUACACGGAGAUCUUUACAAGACAUUUGUGAAUGUAUCGUACUUUAUCUCCACAGUAUGGAUCGCAAUAGGUUUGAACAAGGUUUUUCCUGCGAAUUGCAGGAUUAAAUUUUCGGCACAACAGCACAUACACAAGGAACAAGAAUGUUGUUCAUUUAACGAGUUUGAACAAGGGUACAUUUUGUUGUGAAGUACACAAAGGUAUAGCACAAUUUUGCUACACUUGACAGUGGCUUCACUCGCAGUUAAGUCUCAGUUAUUAUUUAUUGACAAAAGAAAGCAUCAUCUUAAGGCAAACAAUUUAGCAAUGUGCUGUUUGCUUAAGUUGUCUUCUUUGUUUCACUGGACAUAAACAAGGGAUGGGUAAUGAAAAAAUUCCGCGGGCAGUGGCAUUAGAGCAGAACAAAAUGUUAUUUUCGAAAGGCAAGUGAAGGUUGUUUAGACUCUAGUCAACUGAGAAACUCACUGUA